AUGCAAGACCACAACAAAAAAAACAAUAACAAGAAAAUCACCACCAACAAUCCCAACCCAACCACCACAACCGCCACCGCCCAAGCCUGCGCCGCCUGCAAAUACCGCCGCCGGAAGUGCGCCCCCGACUGCAUCCUCGCCCCAUACUUCCCCCACGACCGCCAGCCGCAGUUCCUCAACGCCCACCGCCUAUACGGCGUAAGCAAUAUCGUCAAAAUCGUUCGCCAGCUGGGCCCCGCCGAUCGAGACGCCGCCAUGUGGACAAUCGCCUUCGAAUCUGACGCCCGAGCCGCGGACCCUGCCGGUGGGCUCUACCGAGUCGUGCGCGACCUCGAGCGCAGGAUAGUCCUCGCCAGGGCCGAGCUCGAGGCCGUCCUCCGCCACCUCGCCGCCUGCCGGGCGGCGGCAGCAGGUGGGGUCGACGUGGAUUCGUGGGGAUGUGCCGAAUCCACUUCGUCGUCGUUUUUUCAAAAUCAAUACCAAUUGUGUGCUAAUGAUGAUGUGAUUAUUAGGCCAAUUCCUGAUGAUCAUUUUGAUUGUGAGGAUGGGUUUAGAGAAGAGGGGUUCAAAUUUGAUUCACAUGGAAAUAUUACACCAAGCAACAAUGGUGGUUUUACAGAGAGAGCUGCAUUCAAGCAAGAUGAUGAAUGCUUGUCGUACAUUCAAGACGACGAGGAUUUGAAGGCAGCUGCGGCAGUGUUGAAUGGUCUCACAAACUAAGGAAAAUGUUUGGUGACCAAUUUUUGUACAUAAGUUGAUCAAGUAUGUACAUAAACAUUGCAGGGAUUUUUCACAUAGGAUUGACAGUGAAUGUGAUGGUGAAUACUCUUCUUUUUUCAUUUUUUCUUGGUUCUUCAAACAUG